ACCCCCAUUCCCCACACCCUAAACAAACACCAUCACACAAAGCAAACAACUUCAUCAUGAGUGAAGCUUCUACGCGCAUUUGGAGCGACUGAAUCCUAAUCAGAAUUGACAAUAAACCAACCCUAUGAUGACGCCACAAUUUACCACACUCAGCCACUACAAACUGCAUGUGGGUCUAAACUUUAAAUACUUUAACUACACUUAACUCUCAUCCCUCUCUUUCUAAUUACGUCUUCACCUCACACAGACAUUCUAAUAUCACACUUUCCUUUAUCCUCCUCCUCUCUCUCUUUCUCUCUUAAGACUAACACUACCACACUCCUACUAAUCUAUCAAUUAUUUCUCUCUUUCUCUUUCAUGCAUAUUCUCAAACACAUGCUGCUCACCACCUAGCUCGAUCUCAAACCCACCGAAACCCACACACCCACCAAAAAAAAGCUACAACCCAUUUCACCAAAUUCAAUCUCCUCCCAUCCCAUCAAACCAAAAUCCAAUUUUUCCAUGGCCCUGGAAACCUGGCUCAUCAAGGUCAAAACGGCGCUGUCGCACAGCCUCACGAAGAAACCAUCGUUUUCCUCGUCGAAACCAAAACGCGUCGCAGUUUUGUCUUUCGAGAUCGCGAACGUGAUGUCGAAGCUCCUCCACCUCUGGCAGUCCCUCUCCGACGCCAACGUCGUCCGCCUCCGAAACGACGCCGUCUCCCUCGAAGGCGUGCGCAAGCUCAUCUCGAACGACGAGUCUUUUCUCCUUAGCCUCGCCGUGGCCGAGUUCGCCGACUCGCUCCGACUCGUGGCCGACUCGGUCUCCCGACUCAGCAAAAACUGCCACGACCCCACUCUCCGGUCCUUCCAUCGAGUCUUCACCGAGUUCGCCAACUCGGGACUCGACCCGCACGCGUGGACCCUCACAACCCCCAAAGACAUCGAAACCAAACACAGAAAAUUGCAACAUUACGUGAUCCUCACGGCAACGCUCCACAAGGAAAUCGACGCGCUCACACUCCUCGAAAGCGCGUUUAAAAAAGCGCUUCUCAACACUGACACAACCACCGAGCAACACAAGAAACUCAACGAUCUUCAGCAGAAGAUCUUCUGGCAGAAGCAAGAGGUGAAGAACCUGAAGGAUCGUUCAUUAUGGAACAAAAAUUUCGAUGGGGUUGUUUUGUUGUUGGCUAGGUUCGUUUUCACCGUCUUAGCAAGGAUUAAGGUUGUCUUCGGAAUCGGACACAGUAGUAGUGUUCCCUUUUUGUCACGUAGUUUGUCUUCCGUUUAUCCCUCUGAUCAUCAAAACCCUAUUUCCAAUUCUUGCUCCUUUGUAUCUGGGCCGUUGAAAAGAUCAAAACUUGGUGAAGAAAAUGAGGAUUUGCGAAGUGGAUUUUUUGAGUCCAAUUGCAAGGUGUUGAGGUUGAAGGGUGAUGUUGAUAGUGAUGAUGAUACUUUGGGUGCUUCAGCUUUGGCUUUGCACUAUGCAAACUUGGUGAUGGUGUUAGAGAAGAUGAUAAAGUCACCCCAGUUGGUUGGGGUGGAAGCAAGGGAUGAUUUGUAUGGGAUGUUGCCAAGUAGCAUAAGGUCAUGUUUGAGAGCAAGGUUGAGAGGGGUGCACGUGGGGUUUUCAGCAUGUGAUGAUCACGUGCUGGCUGGGGAGUGGAGGGAUGCAUUGGGGAGGAUAUUGGGAUGGUUGGGACCUUUGGCACAUAACAUGAUAAAGUGGCAGAGUGAGAGGAGCUAUGAGCAUCAGAACUUGGUGCCAAAGACCAAUGUGUUGUUGUUGCAGACUUUGUUCUUUGCAAACAAGGAGAAGACAGAAGCUGCCAUCACUGAGCUGCUUGUGGGGUUAAACUAUGUUUGGAGGUUUGAGAGGGAAAUGACAGCUAAGGCAUUGUUUCAAUGUACCAACUUUAAUGGCUUGUUAAGCUUGCACAAGCCCUGCUAAGGAUAUAUCAUAUAUGGGUUUCUUCGUUGAUUUUUUCCUUCUCUUUUUCUUUUCAUUUUAAGCAUCAUGAUCAAAUUCUUAAAAAAUGAUCCGUGACUACAAUUUCAACCGUUGCUUCAAGGUUUUUUUGUAGUCACUAGCUACAAUAACAAUUACAGCCAUAUAUAUAGGUUCUCUACAAUUUCUUGCAACAUCAAGGAUCGUGAUGGAACUAUAUCUGCUGUAAUUUAAAACCUUGAUUAUGAGUUUUUUUCUGCUGCUGCCUUAAUGAGGGUUCUAAUUUUGUCUCUCUCUGGAUUUAUGGUGGUUGGUUGUAGGUAGUUAAUUGAGGUAAGUUCAGAUCCUUGAGGUUUGGUAAUUUGCUUCUAACCCGGGUCUGUAUAUGUAUGUAAAUGAUAUAUGAAUUAUGAGUAAAAUCUCCAAGAAAAUGCAUGUGGGCUUUCAUGAUUCA